UUCUUUAAAAUCAAAUGAUUCAAAUUAUACUAAGAAAAAAAAGAAAGAAAAAUUUAAAGUAGUUGAUAAUUUAGAUACUGAAAAUUUAAAAGCUGAUAUUGAACAAGAAAGAAUUCAAAGAAAUUAUAAAGAAUUAAAAGAAAAUAAUAUCAAGCAACAAGAUAUUAUAACUAAUAAAGACUUACAAGAAGAAAAUGAAUUAGUUUAA